GCGCGGCCCUCUGAGGGGGCGGGGCCCGGCGAGCAGGGGUGGAGCCACAGCCGGAAGGUGGAGAAAAAGGUAGAGAAGGUGUGUUCAGUCUCGAUUGGAAGCAAUUUUUCCUGUGCCCAGACCUGGUGCUGCUGUCUGGGGACUCAGCAGCCGCCCCAGGAGCUCCGUGGCCAUGACACAGCUACUUCUGCUCCUUGUGGCUCUCCUGGUCCUGGGUCAUGCGCCACCAGGGAGAAGUGAAUUCAAACGGUGCUGGAAGGGCCAAGGGGCCUGCCGGACUUACUGCACAAGGCAAGAAACUUACAUGCACCUGUGCCCGGAUGCUUCCCUGUGCUGUCUCUCCUAUGCAUUGAAACCUCCACCUGUCCCCAAGCCUGAAUAUGAGUAGCUGCUUCUUGCUGUCCAAUAAAACACAGGCUGCCA